AACUCAAAUAUCAGAAUGAUUCCCUUUUCAGUGAACAGCUCCUGCACGUCAUGCAGUUAUAUUACUGAAGAGGCUGACUGCACGGACCCAUUUACUCCCUCGGGGCCUGUAUCGGACAUCUGUUACACAGUCAACGAGAACCUUUGCUCGAAGUACGGCAACUAUGCAAUCUACUGUCAGAGCGGUGGAAUCAGUACCAGCUGCAAGAAAAGCGGCGAAUGUUCCAAUGUGAAGAGCUCCUGCACAGCGUGCAAGUAUGGUACUUCAGAGGCUGACUGCACGGACCCAUUUACUCCCUCGGGGCCUGUAUCGGAAACUUGUAACACACUCAACGUGGACCUUUGCACGAAGUACGGCGACUAUGCCAUCUACUGUCAUACAGGUGGACUCAGAACCAGCUGCAAGAAAAACGGUCAAUGCGUCAAUGAGGCCAGGUCAUUGACCCCUAGCCUCGUCCUGAUAUCUGUCAUCCUCACUUUCAUAAUCAAGAUGGCGUAUUGAUUCCACGGAGGACAUGCUGUCGGUGUGUGUGUGUAUGUGUGUGUGCAGAAUAUACAUCUUGUUUGCGU